AUGGGAAACGAGGCCAGUUACCCCACGGAGAUGUGCUCCCACUUCGACCAAGAGGAAAUCAGAAGGCUGGGGAGGAGGUUCAGGAAGCUGGACCUGGACCACUCGGGCUCGCUGAGCGUGGAGGAGUUCCUGUCGCUGCCCGGGCUGCAGCAGAACCCGCUGGUGCGGAGGGUCGUCGACGUCUUCGACACGGACGGGAACGGGGAGGUGGACUUCAGGGAGUUCAUCGUGGGCGCCUCCCAGUUCAGCGUCAAGGGAGACGAGGAGCAGAAGCUGAGGUUUGCCUUCAGGAUCUACGACAUGGAUAAAGACGGCUACAUUUCCAACGGGGAGCUCUUCCAGGUGCUGAAGAUGAUGGUGGGCGGCAACCUCAAGGACGGGCCCUUGCAGCAGCUCGUCGACAAGACCAUCAUCAUCCUGGACAGGGAUGGCGACGGGAAGAUAUCCUUCGAGGAGUUCUGUGCCGUGGUGGGAAACCUGGAGAUGCACAAGAAGUUGGUGGUAAUGGUGUGA